AUGCAAGCUUACUAUUGCAGGUGGUCAUGUGCCGUGAGAGGUUCGCUAUCAAUGCGAGGAGGUAAAAUAACAAAAAACAGGGAGCAGACGAGUCUUCAAAAAUCAGUUCUUGAAGAGGUUGCAGAAAAAGCGUCCAAUACCUUCUUAUAUACGGCAGUUGCAGCUGCCAUUGGCAUGCUAGGUGUUUUUGUUUAUCUUUUGGCUGGUGAAUUUUUUGCAGAGGAUAGCCCUCAAAAGAUAUACAUGAGAGAAGAUGGCAGGUGCCAAGACCUUUUUGGACCCACUAUUGCUGGUUUUGGAGAGGAAACAUCACGUGGUCGGCGCCGUCACGUCGCUCAUCAUAAAUACGAAAAAGAUGGGAGACAACGAAUCCGUGUUCUUUUUCAUGUGAAGGUGUGA